AUGAAUGGAAUUCAAGUUGAUAUCAAUCAUUUAAAGAAAGGUGAAGUCAGUUUAGGUACAUCUAUUAUGGCUGUUACAUUUAAAGAUGGGGUUAUAUUAGGAGCUGAUUCACGUACCACUAUGGGUUCAUAUAUUGCUAAUAGAGUUACAGAUAAAUUGACUAGAGUACACGAUAAGAUAUGGUGUUGUAGAUCCGGAUCUGCUGCUGAUACUCAAGCUGUUGCCGAUAUUGUUCAAUAUCAUUUAGAAGUAUAUACAUCUCAAUAUGGUAUUCCAAGUACAAGAACUGCAGCAUCAGUAUUUCAAAGUUUAUGUUAUGAAAAUAAAGAUUUUUUAAGUGCCGGUAUUAUUGUUGCUGGGUUUGAUGAUAAGUCAGAAAAAGGUGAAGUUUAUAGUAUACCAUUGGGAGGUUCAAUUCAUAAACAACCUUAUGCCAUUGCUGGUUCUGGUUCUGCAUUUAUUUAUGGUUAUUGUGAUAAGAACUAUAAACCAGAUAUGACCAAAGAUGAGACUGUUGAAUUUAUGAAACAUUCCUUAUCACAAGCAAUUAAAUGGGAUGGAUCAUCAGGUGGUGUUAUUAGAUUAGUCGUAUUAACCAAAUCAGGUGUGGAAAGAUUAAUUUUUUACCCUGAAGAUUACGAAAAUUUAUAA